GAGCGACUCUGUCUCUUUCUGCACUUGUCUUUCCAGUCAAGGAGAAACUAAUUGGAGGAAAGAAUACACAGGAGGAACUUUGGAUACAUUGAGCGCAGCUAAAGUUUACUUCUCUGCAGCAUGCCUCAGAAAGAUUACAGAAGUCAACCCAGCUGGGAGACUGGUGUCGCCUCCAUGAUGCAAAACAGUCACAGUGGAGUAAACCAGCUUGGAGGCGUGUUUGUAAAUGGAAGACCUCUCCCAGAUUCUACCAGGCAGAAGAUAGUGGAGCUCGCUCACAGCGGCGCUCGGCCGUGCGACAUAUCCAGAAUACUUCAGGUGUCAAACGGCUGCGUGAGUAAGAUCUUGGGUCGGUAUUAUGAGACCGGCUCGAUCCGUCCGCGGGCCAUAGGAGGGAGCAAACCCAGGGUGGCGACUCCAGAAGUGGUGGGGAAGAUUGCUCAGUACAAGAGAGAGUGUCCAUCCAUUUUUGCUUGGGAGAUUAGAGACCGACUGCUGGCAGAGGGAGUCUGCACCAACGACAAUAUCCCCAGUGUUUCCUCAAUAAAUCGAGUACUUAGGAACCUGGCAACGGACAAGAAUCAGAUGGGAAGCGGGGCGUCUGAAGGAAUGUUUGACAAACUAAAGAUGCUCAACGUACAGGGAUCCUGGGGAGGACGCUCAGGGUGGUAUGCAGGGACCACCGUCCUCAACACGGUUUUAGAAUUUGAAAGGACUCACUAUCCAGAUGUUUUUGCUCGUGAACGUCUUGCUAAUAAAAUUGAUCUCCCUGAAGCAAGAAUACAGGUUUGGUUUUCAAACAGACGUGCGAAGUGGAGAAGAGAGGAGAAGUUAAGGAAUCAACGACGGCAGGUUUUGAAUACCUCAAACCAUAUUCCCAUCAACAGCAGCUUUAGCAGCAGCGCUUACUCCUCUCCACCUCAGCCUUCUGCUCCAGUGUCCUUUUCUUCGGGAUCCAUAAUGGGAAGAUCGGAUCAAGUUCUAUCCAACAGCUAUGGCCUUCCAGCUAUGCCAAGCUUUAGCAUGGCUGCUAGCUUGCCCAUACAAGCAUCAAACCAUACCUCUUAUUCCUGCAUGCUUCCCAGCAGCCCCUCGGUAAACGGUCGAAGUUAUCAGACAUAUACUCCACCUCACAUGCAGCCGCACAUCAGCAGCCAGCCGGUGACGUCCUCUACAACAUCUUCAACAGGUCUGAUUUCUCCUGGGAUCUCGGUUCCAGUCCAAGUUCCUGGAAGUGAAGCAGAAAUGUCACAGUACUGGCCUCGCCUGCAGUGACGCUGUGACUCGGAGUCUGGGAAUCCUCGAGGGAGAGCUUC